AUGGGGAAACGAAAUAGGAAAUUGGCACUGGGGGAGCGCAUUACACAUGCUAAACCUCCCUUCACCAUCGCUCAAAUCCAGAAAUCCAUUCCAAAACAUUGCUUCCAACGUUCCCUUUACCGUUCCUUCUCCUACCUUAUCUUCGACACCAUCCUCCUCUCCACAUUUUUUUACAUAGCCACCGCCUGCUUCCCCCUCCUUCCCCACCCACUUCUCCACUUCCUAGCUUGGCCUCUUUAUUGCCUUUCUCAAGGCGUCAUCUUCACCGCCCUCUGGGUCAUCGCCCACGAAUGCGGCCACCACGCCUUCAGCAACUACCAACUCCUCGACGACCUCCUCGGCUUCCUCCUCCUCAUCCCUUACUUCUCUUUCAAAAUCAGCCACCGCCGCCACCACGCCAACAACGCAUCCCUCGACCGCGACGAGGUCUUCGUCCCCAAGCCCAAGUCCAAAAUCUCUUACUAUUUCCACCACUUAACCAACCCACCGGCUAGGCUCCUCAUCAUUUUCAUGACCCUCACGCUCGGCUGGCCAUUGUACUUAGCCUUCAACAGGUCAGGCCGAGCCUACGACAGAUUCACCAGCCAUUACGAUCCAAACAGCCCCAUAUUCAGCGAAAAGGAACGGCUUCAAGUUCAAAUAUCCAUUGCGGGAGUUGUGACCAUUUUGUACUUGCUCUACAAAUUGGCAAUUGUAAAAGGAAUCACGUGGGUCGUUCGCAUGUACUUACUGCCUUUAACGGUUAUGAAUGCGUUUGUGGUGUUGAUUUUGUCGUUGCAACACACGCAUCUUUCAUUGCCGUAUUAUGAUUCUAGUGAAUGGGAUUGGUUGAGAGGGAAUUUGGUGACGGUUGAUAGAGAUUAUGGGAUGAUUUUGAAUAAAAUGCUACAUAAUAUAACCGACACACAUGUCAUUCAUCAUUUGUUUCCUACGAUGCCCUAUUAUAACGCCGUGGAGGCGACGAUGGCGGUGAAGCAAGUGUUGGGAGAAUAUUACCAGUUUGAUGAGACGCCUAUUUUGAAGGCCACGUGGAGGGAGUUUAGAGAGUGCAUUUAUGUAGAGGCAGAUGAUGAAGGUUCUAGCAGUAAAGGAGUUUUCUGGUUCCGUAACAAGCUUUGA